ACCCCACGGAAGCCCAUGGGGAGCCCCAGACCAGCAGCCCUGCUCCUGCCUCUUCUCCAGCUGCUCACUGGCCUGUCUGCCUCUGCUGGGAUUGGCUGCCCCUUCCUUCCCCGCUGGAGCACCCGCUGUCUACUGGCCUCUUGCAUGGAUGGCAGUUUCACUGGAAGGUCUGCCCAGAUUCCUCACCAUACCCAGCCGGCCCCUCCCCUCUCCCCAAAGCCUUGGUGUGCUUGCUGCUGCCACCGUCCCCACUGCUGGUGCUUGCAUCUGGUGUCAGGUCCCUUGGAUCUCCAGUGGGCUUGGCUCCACCUCCUAGUGCAGAAAUCCGAAAAGUCUUACAAGUUCUGGUUCUGUAGGAGACACAGGAUGCCAGUGUCUGCUCAGAUGAAAUUGCUGAGUAGCUGCUGCCUGUCUGAGAAGGGCCAUCACAACUCCAGCCUCUCCCCAGAUACCUCCCACAAGGGGCUGCGCUCCAAAAGAACCCAGCCGGUGGAUCCAGAGACAGGGGAAGAUCUCUCCAGAUCCGGCUCACAAAAGCUUGGAGGACCUGAGUUCUCCUUUGACUUGCUGCCUGAGAAAAGGACUAUUCAAGUGACCAUUCCUCCAGGCCCAGAGGUCAGUGUGCGUCUUUGCCACCAGUGGGCACUGGAGUGUGAGGACCUGAGCCAUCCCUUCGAUGCCCAGAAAAUUGUGCCUGGGAGCCACACUGUAGACCUGCCUUAUGAAUUCCUUCUGCCCUGUCUGUGCAUCGAGGCAUCCUACCUGCAAGAGGACACCGUGAGGCGCAAAAAAUGUCCCUUCCAGGGCCAGCCUGAAGCCUAUGGCUCAGACUUCUGGGAGUCAAUGAACUUCACUGACCACAGCCAGCACAAUCAGAUGGUAAUGGCCGUGACACUCCGCUGUCCACUGAAGCUGGAGGCCUCCCUGUGCCAGAGGAGGGGCUGGCCCCCCCUCUGCGAAGACCUCCCCAAUGCCAUGGCUCGAGAGUCAGAGGGGUGGUACAUCGUGGAGAAAGUGGACUUGCAUCCCCAGCUCUGCUUCAAGUUCUCUUUUAGAAACAGCAGCCACAUUGAAUGCCCCCACCAGACAUUCGCAGCUCCAUCCUGGAAUGUGAGCAUGGAUACCCAGGCCCAGCAGGUGGUCCUUCACCUCUCUUCAAGGACACAUGUCACCUUCAGUGCUGCCUGGAACUACCCAGGCUUGGGGCAGGACAGCGUGGUGCCCCCCGUGUACAGCGUCAGCCAGACUCGGGGCUCAACCCCAGUGACCCUAGACCUCAUCGUUCCUUUCCUGAGGCCAGGAGGCUGUGUCCUGGUGUGGAGGUCAGAUGUCCAGUUUGCCUGGAAGCGCCUCUUGUGUCCAGAUGUCUCUCACAGACGCCUGGGGCUCCUGAUCCUGGCACUGCUGGCCUUCACCACCCUGCUGGGAGUUGUUUUGAUUCUCACGUGCCGGCGUCCACUGUCAGGCCCGGGCCGAGCGCCGCCGGUGCUGCUGCUGCACGUGGCGGAGUCUGAGGCGCAGCGGCGCCUGGUGGGAGCACUUGCUGAACUGUUGCGAGCCGCGCUGGGCGGUGGGCGCGACGUGAUCGUGGACCUUUGGGAGGGCACGCGGGUGGCGCGCGUCGGCCCCCUGCCGUGGCUCUGGGAGGCUCGGGCGCGUGUGGCGCGGGAGCGGGGCACCGUGGUACUUCUGUGGAGCAGCGCCGGCCCCAGCCCCACCGGCGGCCCGGAUCCUCGCGCUGCGCCUCUGCGCGCCCUGCUUCACGCCGCCCCGCGCCCGCUGCUGCUGCUGGUUUACUUUAGUCGUCUCUGCGCCAAGGGCGACAUUCCUCCGCCCCUGCGCGCCCUGCCCCGCUACCGCCUGCUGCACGACCUGCCGCGCCUGCUGCGCGCCCUGGACACUCGGGCUUCUACUGAAGCCACCACCGGGGGCUGCUUCGUCGCCCGGCCGCGCCUGCGGGGUCGCGUGGAGCUGUGCCGCAGGCUGGAACUGGAGGCCGCCAAACUUGCCGACCACGGCUGA